AUGCCAAAUGUCGUUGAUGUUCGCUUCGAGUAUCAUGAAGCAAAGGAGAUUGGUAUAGGAGAAGAUCGCCCUCGCAUCUCAUGGAGUUACUCGGGAGAAGAUCAGAGCUGGACACAACAGUCUUACACCAUUGAGAUUUCACGCCAUGGGGUCACAAAAACCUUUGACUCUGACUCAGACCAAUGUCUGUUUAUUUUAUGGCCUACAACGCCCUUGUUGUCCAUGGAAGUUGCCCUCGUUCGGGUUCGCGCUUCGGAUAAGAAUGGCAACGCGACAGAAUGGUCUGACGUAGCAAGAGUGGAAACUGGCCUGCUCAAUCAGGAUGACUGGCAGUGCCAUCUGAUUGAAGCUGAGACUAUAGAGCAGACGGAAGGGUUUAAUCGGCCGAUAGUCUUCAGGCGAGAAUUCUCUCUUCAGAAACCUAUCCGUCGCGCUCGUCUUUAUGUCACUGCUCAUGGCAUUUACGCUGCUAAACUGAAUGGAAGCUCGAUUGGUGACCACGUGCUGUCACCAGGGUGGACCAACUACACGAACCGGCUCACAUAUCAAACAUAUGAUGUUUCCUCGCUUGUGGAUCACGGCCUCAACACGCUUCAUGUCACCGUUGCCCCAGGUUGGUAUUGUGGGCGCCUUGGCUGGGGCGCUGGGAAGACGAAUCUCUAUGGCUCUACCCUUGGACUAGUCGCUCUCCUGCGAGUCGAGUGCGAGGAAGGUGACCCGAUUUUGCUGGGAACAGACAGCGGAUGGCAAUGGGGAUAUGGACCGACACUUUCUGCAGAGAUUUAUGACGGUGAAGUCUUCGAUGCAACCCAGUCAUUGUCGCAACUAACCCAAUGGGGGAGUGUCGCCUGCAAACCAAUAACCGACCGUCUUGAAUCCCCGGAUGGUCCACCGAUAAGGCGCACCCAAGAGAUUCAACCGAUUGGAAUCCUGAAAAGUCCAUCCGGUCAGUCUAUUAUUGACAUGGGGCAAAAUAUAGUGGGCUGGCUUCGAAUCAAGGUCUCUGGAGGUACCGCUGGACACCAAAUCCAGCUCCAAUUCGCUGAAGUCCUUGAAGAUGGAGAAUGCGCCACCCGCACGUUGCGGAAUGCGAAGGCCCGAGAUACUGUAAUCUUGGAUGGUCAAGGCACCCUCGAAUGGGAACCAGACUUCACGUAUCAUGGCUUCCGCUAUGUGGGAGUAGAUAACUGGCCAGGUACCCUGACCACGGAUUCCGUGAAGGGAAUUGUGGUGCAUACAGACAUGAAGAAAACAGGGUCCUUUUCAUGCUCGAAUCCUCUGCUCAACAGACUUCACGAGAAUAUCACCUGGUCGAUGCGAGGAAACUUCGUUGGGAUACCAACCGACUGUCCGCAGCGAGACGAACGACUAGGUUGGACCGGUGACAUUAAUGUCUUUGCUGAUGCCGGGAACUAUCUCUACCGGACUGGAGGAAUCCUAAAGACUUGGCUGGAUGACCUCCGGUAUGAACAGCGGAGGGCCGGAGGGAUUGUACCGCUAGUGGUUCCAAGCGUGUUCGAAGGCUUUGAUCAAGAUGCACAUGCAAUCUGGGGAGACGUCUCCGUGAUGCUUCCAUGGUCCUUGUAUCGAGCCACCGGUGACUCACAGUUCCUAGCUCGACAGUAUUCAAGUAUGAAAGCCUGGUUGGAUGUCAUUCCACGCCGUGAAAACCGAUUGUGGAACUAUAUCUCCGAAUGGAAACUUGGAGACUGGCUCGAUCCCGCUGCUCCUUCUGAUGACUGUGGAAAAGCAACCACAGAUCCAACCUUCGUUUCGGAUACGUUCCUCGCUCAUAUAACCACAUUGAUGAAGAGCAUCAGUGAGAUCUUAGGCGAGAAGGAAGAUGUUCAGGCAUACACGGUGGCAUUGGAGAAGAUUCGAUCUGCCUUCUGUCACGAGUACAUCACCCCGGCUGGCCUCGUGGCAAAUUGCACCCAAACCGCGUUCGCGCUUGCGAUCCAGUUUAAUUUGAUACCAUCUGAAGAGCAAGAACAACACGCUGCGCGCUACCUGUCUAGAAUUAUACUGGAAAGUCGGUACAAGAUUGGCACAGGAUUUGCUGGUACUCCAUAUAUCGGCCACGCUUUGUCCAAAGUCGGACUGACGGAUGUGUUCUACCGUAUGCUCCUCUCCCGGAAAAAUCCAAGCUGGCUAUAUCCGGUAACCAUGGGAGCCACUACCGUGUGGGAGCGUUGGGAUAGUAUGUUGCCCAAUGGCGCAAUCAAUCCGGGAGAAAUGACAAGUUUCAAUCACUACGCGUUGGGAGCCGUCGCAAGCUGGAUGCAUGGUUUCAUCCUCGGAUUCCGCAUUGAGGAAGCUGGCUGGAAAACCAUCACAAUCGAACCUACUCCCGGAGGUGGUUUGAAAUGGGCCGAGGGUGAAUAUCUCAGCGGAUAUGGAAUCUAUAGAGUUAGGUGGAAGAUUACACAAGAUUCCGAAAUGCAGGAGGAGAGCAUUUGGGUUGAGGUUCGAAUUCCGCCCAACACGGCGGCGAAGGUCAAAUUGCCGGGUUUGGAGGAAUUCAAACACGUCGGAUCGGGAUCGCAUAGCUGGAAAGUCCCAUAUCAGUCGACACAAUGGCCACCGGAGCCAUUCGUUUUACCUUUUGGCCAACGAGAACCAUUUCCUGUUGACGAGUCCCUCCCGUGUCCUUGGGAUCGGAACACGGAGUAG